AUGGCGGGCAAGGCGGCAGCCAACACCAUACGCGUUGCCCUGAAGGGCGAGUCCGUCCUUACUCACCCCAGGUUCAACAAAGGCACCGCGUUUACUCUUGCGGAACGCAAAGAGUUCGGGCUCACUGGUCGACUGCCGCACCGUGUCAACACACUCGAGGAGCAAUGUCAACGCGCGUAUGAUCAGCUGCAAUCGCGCGACACGCCCAUCCGGAAGAACACUUUCUUGCAGAGUCUGAGGGAUCAGAACUGGGUGCUCUACUACGGUCUGGUUCAGCGACACCUGAAGGAGCUAGUCCCUAUCAUCUACACUCCGACUCAGGGCGAAGCUAUCGCGAAUUACUCACAUUUGUUCAGGCGCAGCGAGGGCAUGUUUUUCACGUACACGAACGAGGAUCGCAUGGAAGAAGAUUUCCUUGAGCAAACUCGCGGCCACGACAUUCAGCUGUUCGUUGUUACUGAUGCGGAAGCUAUCUUGGGCAUAGGUGAUCAAGGUGUCGGGAUCUCCACGGCAAAGGCGGCGCUAUAUACACUGGUCGGCGGUAUCAGCCCUCACAAGUCGCGCUCGGUUGUGCUCGAUGUCGGAACUGACAACGAAGGGCUUUUGGGCGAUGAUCUAUACGUCGGUUGGCCGCACAAGCGUGUUCGCGGUGCGGACUAUGAUCGAUUCGUGGAUAAGUUUGUACAGCUUGUCCGCAAGCAUUUCCCGCAUAGCCUGUUGCAUUUUGAAGACUUCGGAGUUGGCAAUGCCUGGCGCCUGCUACACAAAUACCGUGGCCAGCAUGCAGUAUUCAACGACGAUGUCCAAGGAACUGGUGCAGUGGCCCUCGCAGCUAUCAUGUCUGCAGUUGGCGUCACCAAGUCCAAGCUUGCCGACCAACGCAUCGUGAUAUUUGGUGCUGGUUCGGCUGGUCUUGGGAUCGCGCGCCAAAUUCGCGACGGUAUGGUCACCAUUGACCACGUCAAACAUGAAGACGCUUCGAGGGCCUUCUACCUCCUCGAUCGGCACGGCCUCGUCACACAAUCCUUGGGUUCUAACAUCGCUCCCGGACAGGAAGAGUUCGCGCGUUCCGCCGAGGAGUGGGAAGGCGCUCGGCGCGAUAAGAACGGCGAGAUCCAACUGCUUGAGGUCGUGAAGCAGGUUAAGCCUACGAUCCUUAUCGGGUGUUCGACCCAAGCUGGGGCCUUCAGUGAGGAGGUCGUCAAGGAGAUGGCGAAGCAUGUCGAAAGGCCGGUCAUUAUGCCUCUGUCGAACCCUGGAAGGCUUGCGGAGGUCGAGCCGAGGCUCGCGAAUGACUGGACGCAGGGAAGGGCUCUGAUGGCUACGGGCAGUCCAUUCCCGCCGUGCCGUCAACCUAAUGGCAAGGAAUAUAUCAUUGCGGAGUGCAACAAUGCACUGAUCUAUCCAGGCCUCGGCUUCGGCACCAUGCUCACCCAAUCGCGCAGCAUGACGGACAGGAUGAUCAUCGCCGGCACGCAGCGCCUUGCUGCGCUCGCCCCUGCCCUCAAGGACCCUGACCUUCCGCUCCUGCCAGACUUCCAUAUCGCUCCGCACGUCAACUUCGAAGUUGCCGUCGCCGUCGCCGAGCAAGCCAUUGAGGAUGGCAGUGCUGGUAUCGACUGGAAGAAGAGUGAGGUGCGCGAGCGUGUCAAAGCUGCGCAGUGGGAGCCGGUGUACAAGAACUUUGUACAAGAUCCUAAGGGGGUUAACUGA